ACACAUUUACCAAUGGCUCCUUGAAUUAGCAUUUAUCUACUUUAUUCGCAUUCGCAUUGUAUUCCUAUUCAUAUUCGUAUUCGCAUUUGCGAUCUCGGAAUCAAAUUACAGCAAGUUAAAGAAAUUUUGUAAAAUGGCCGAUCAUGAAAGAAUCAGAUUGGUGGUAUUAGGUGGUGCCGGUGUUGGGAAAAGCGCAAUUAUACGUCGUUUACUUGGGCAAGGAUUCAGCGAAAGGUACAGGCCUACCGUCGAAGACCUCUAUUCGAGGGAAUGCGUUCUCGGUACGCUCACUCUCAAAGUCGAUCUUCUGGAUACCGCUGGAGAUUUGCAGUUUCCAGCUAUGAGAAGGUUGAGCAUAGCUACGGCACAUGCGUUUCUUCUUGUUUAUGCCACGACAUCGUUACCAAGCUUCGAAUGCGUAAAGCGAUGUUUCGAAGAAGUCAGAGAACAACGACCAGAUUUUCAGGAAGUACCGAUAGUCGUUGCGGGAAACAAAGUGGAUCUUGCAACGAUGCGAAGAGAAGUACCAAUCGAAGACGUGAGUGAAUGGUUAUUUUGUGAAUUGCCGAAACUUCGUGCCAAAGUAAUGGAAUGUUCAGCUAAGGACGAUUAUAAUGUCAAAGAUAUUUUCCGAUGUUUCGUCACUUUAUCCAAGAUAGUGCCAAAGAAUCAUGUUGGAGAGUCAGACGAAUCGGCCCUUCGACGAAGAUGUUCGGCGUACGGAUCGCGCAGAAGCGAUCGAGUCGGUAGGUCUGGAAGUCCACAUGGCAGAACCGGAAGCGCCGGCUCUGUUGGCAAUUCUCAGCAACUGGUCGCAGCACAAAGUUCAAAUGUCGUCACUGUCAAUGAGGAAGCGAAGAGCAAACCGCGUAGUCGUAGCUUGAUUCGACGCACUUCGCGGAAAACCAAACAACAAAUUAGAGACACUUAUACGGAUGACUGCAAUAUCUCGUAAUUUUCACCCUCUCUCCACUUCUCUCUCUCCACUUCUCUCUCUCUCUCUCUCUCUCUCUCUCUCGCUUGCUCGCGCUCUUUCCCUCCCCCCCCUCUCCCCCUUCUAUCUAUCUACAGUGCCGAACAAGAUUACAAGACAUUUUGCAUAUUUAAAUAUUUCGUAUAUUUAAGAGAAGAAAAUGUACACUUUAUACAUCCUAAAUGUUACAUACUAUCUCCAGAGUACAGACAUAAAAUCUUAAGUCCGUAAUAUGAUAUACAACGUAAAAAUUAGGGAAAGAAAUGUGAAUUUGCAUUAUAAUUUUGGUCAGACAAAAUUAUAAGAUACCUGGCAUAUUUUUCAUUUGACGAUUUUUUUCAGUAUUUUAUCCGACUACGAGCAGACACAAAAAUGAAAUUUCAUCAUCUAAUUAUAAUAUUAGAAUUUGUUAUAAUAUUAUUUAAAAGAAAAAGAAAUUCUCAAAUUUGUACUUCUUUUCUCACUCUUAUGUUAUAAGCACAUAUACCAUAUUAUAUGAACUGGUUUUGUGUACUCGCUUUGGAGAUAAUAUGCAGCAUGUAGGGUGUAUGUAUAUUCCCUUCUUUUAAAUAUAUGAAAUAUAUGUACAAAUGUAUGAAAUGUCUUGUAAUUUUAUCCAAUACUGUAACCAUCUAUUUAUCUAUCUCUAUCUUUCUCCACCCAUUCCCUAUUUUACUCACCUUUUACGUGUAAUUGUUUAACUCUUUGUGUAUAUCUUGUCGCAAGAUUCGCUAAUGAAACGAUAUCAUAGUAUGUACUGCGAAUCGUGUACGUUCGAUCAUUUUCGUUUUCGCAUUAAAUAAAUAGCACGAAUCUGAUACGAUACGUAAAAGCACUCUCAUCUCGUAUGCGAUAGCAUCUCAUAAGAUAGCAACAAAAAAUAUGCUAAUGUCGAUAAAAGAUUUUGCCACUCUUGGUCGUAUACAGUAAUUAUAAAAAAAGGACCAAAUUUUCCAGUUUUAAUAAUUAUAAUGUACUUAAAAACAAUAUUUCACGUUUUCUCUCCUUAAUUUUUUUAUCCUUAGAAAAAAGUAAAAACCAAUGGACCAAUCAAAACUCAUCCCACUCUCCCUCUUCUCUUUCCUCUACUAAAGGAUUUUCAUUUAUUCAUAUUUUUUAUCUAUUUUAAACCAGUCCGUCCGUUUAUACGUUGAUAUUUUCACAUCUUAAAAUGUGUAACAAUUGUCCGUUCGUCAAAAAUUGUCUGAAGCACUUUAUAUCAUUCUGUCUUUAUAUGCGUGUACGCACGCAUGAGUACGUAUACUACUGCGCGUACGCUACAUAUUGAAUACUAUGUGUGUUAAAUUUAAAAAUGUGUAUACACCAUCAAAACAGUCCGAUAUCGGUAUAUGGAAAGCGUGGGACUAUUACGUAUGGUAUAUAAAACAAAACUUUCAAUAUUUAUAUCAAGUCGAUCUUUUUAAGUGAUCCUGCUUCAAUUCUUUCACCAAGGAUGCAAAAGUUGUACUUACUAAAUAUUUCAGCAAUGUCGACGAAUAAUGAACAGAAGAAUAUUUUUUCUAUUAAAUGUCCUGAGGGCUACUUUCAUGAGUUGAAACAUAUAUAAAUUUAACUAUGCAUAUUACGGCAGAAGUGUGGCCGUGAAUCGUGUAUUGCAUAUCGUGUUUUGCAUUAAAAAGAAAAUUAUUGUCGUAACGAUACAAACAACACCAAUUAAAGGACAAAUAAUCAUCACAUAUCGAAACCAAAUGU